ACCAUUUUUUAAAUGUGCAGAUGAUGCACCGGUCAACGAACUGAGCGACCGCGCGCGCGUCCCUGUCACAGUCCGCGAACGCGAGCUCGUGCGCGUGACCGGCGUCCGAAGGCGAAUGCGGUACAGAAAACAAGGAGUAGACACAGCUGCCCAGAUCAGACACUCUUCGCUUUCUGACUAAAAUUCAUGUUCAGCGGGUUAUAUGAGAACCAUCCACGGCAGACUACAGAAAGAAGACAUAAAAGGCUGGUUUCCAGGACAGAAUCCAUCUUUAAUAGAGUGAAAGUGUUCUUCAGUCUGUUUCUCUCAAACUUUUUAAUCUGCUAGUGAGAGUGCAGAGUAAAGAACAACCUUCCACCUUCGCUUUUCUGACUGAGAAUAAUCACCAGUGGCGUUUCUGCGGAUCAUCUAGUUGAUGAAAGGAAAUUCUGGCUGCUGAGGCUCUCCACAUUUGCACAGCUGUCCUCUUCCUGGAAUUUGAUCUCAGAAGAGGGAGCACGUGUUGCGCACAAGCAACAAGACUUGGAGCAGCAGACCAGACCCAGGGACUUUGACUCCCUGACAGCGAGCCAGACUUGUGUUGGAUUGCUGAAUAUCUCCUGGGGAGACCGUUGCUGUUGCCCUACCCCACGCAGUCACCAUGGUGCUGUCUCAAAGGCAGCGCGAUGAGCUAAAUCGAGCUAUAGCUGAUUACCUCCGUUCCAAUGGCUAUGAAGAGGCAUACUCGGUUUUCAAGAAGGAGGCGGAGUUAGACAUGAAUGAUGAACUAGAUAAGAAGUAUGCAGGCCUUCUGGAAAAGAAAUGGACUUCAGUUAUCAGAUUACAGAAAAAGGUUUGUAAUUUUCAACUAGUUGUCUCCUUUCAAACCCUCUGUAAAUUUGGAAGAAUAUACUCUUUCAACUUGAGUGCAGCACCUUCUGUCAGAAAGAUGCUUGGUCUCCCACAGGUGAUGGAGCUUGAGUCAAAGCUAAAUGAAGCCAAGGAGGAGAUCACUUUUGGUGGACCCAUGGGACAGAAGCGAGACCCCAAGGAAUGGAUCCCACGACCCCCAGAGAAGUAUGCACUGAGUGGCCACAGGAGUCCUGUUACCCGGGUCAUCUUCCACCCUGUUUUCAGCGUCAUGGUUUCUGCUUCAGAGGAUGCCACAAUAAAGGUCUGGGAUUAUGAAACGGGUGACUUUGAACGCACACUGAAGGGCCACACAGACUCUGUGCAGGACAUCUCUUUUGAUCAGACUGGGAAGCUGCUGGCCUCCUGCUCUGCUGACAUGUCAAUCAAGCUCUGGGACUUCCAGGGCUUUGAGUGCAUCAGGACCAUGCAUGGACACGAUCAUAAUGUGUCCUCUGUAGCCAUCAUGCCCAAUGGAGACCACAUAAUCUCUGCAUCCAGGGAUAAGACCAUUAAAAUGUGGGAGGUGGCAACUGGGUACUGUGUGAAAACGUUCACAGGCCAUCGAGAGUGGGUGAGGAUGGUGAGGCCCAAUCAAGACGGCACGCUAAUUGCCAGCUGCUCCAAUGACCAGACGGUGCGUGUGUGGGUUACAGCCACCAAAGAGUGCAAGGCAGAGCUGCGAGAGCACGAGCACGUGGUGGAGUGUAUUUCCUGGGUGCCAGAGUGUGCAUACCCUACCAUCCUGGAGGCCACAGGGUCUGAGGUUAAGAAGAGUGGUAAGCCUGGACCAUUCUUGCUGUCAGGGUCUAGGGACAAGACCAUCAAGAUGUGGGAUGUCAGCACAGGGAUGUGCCUUAUGACACUGGUUGGACAUGACAAUUGGGUGCGUGGUAUGAUGGUUCACCCUGGGGGGAAGUUCAUUGUUUCCUGUGCUGAUGACAAAACCCUCCGUGUCUGGGACUACAAGAAUAAGCGUUGCAUGAAAACCUUAACUGCUCAUGAACACUUUGUUACCUCUCUGGAUUUCCACAAGACUGCACCGUAUGUUGUGACUGGAAGCGUAGAUCAAACAGUAAAGGUUUGGGAAUGCCGCUGAUCGUACCUGCUGGGUGAAGGCCAGCCCUGCCACACCCACCCCCUCCACUUGCUACCCCGGCUUCCUCCCUCCGUAUUGUCCUACUGGGUGCAUUCAGUUACCAUGGUUACUACCCAUCAAGCUCUGUUGAAAUAACUAUUGUCCUUUUAUGUAAAUUAUUCUGGAUGUAGACUGAGCUAUUAAAUGUUACACACAAAAGUAUUCUUGCAUGGUAAAUCCAAAAUUGUAUACUGUAAAUUUGCAUAAUGUUGUCUAGAAGUACCCUAGGGUGAGGAACAGGCUGGUAGUUUGUCCAACCUGACCUUCAGGCUGCAAACAGUAACUGGUUAAAUAAGAAAGACACUAAACUGCUAAUUAAAUUACAGUGGCGUUAUGUGUCAGAUUAUUUUGUGUUUUUAUUUGUUUUGGUUUGUUUUUUUUUUUUUUGGGCCUCCACUGUUGUUGUCUGGUGCCUAGCUUGGUGCCUCACUUCUCGGGGGAAUAAAAAAGAAACGGCUCUACAGUACCAGGGUGGAAAUUUGAUAGUCUGGGGCUAAUUUCUGGAAUAUUUUGCAGCAGUGUAACAUCUCUAAGUGUAAACUAAUUCUCCUAUUGUGGAAGUAGUAACUUUUGACUGCAUUGAACAAAUAUGCUUAAAACUGUUGUGGUAUGGUGGUGAGUCAGGUUCUGUAAAUUUAUCAUGACGCCGGUCACAAGAAGAAAUGGUUCAAGGUUGGAACUACUUUUGAGGACUCUAUUUUUUAAAUGCAAAACUAGCAAGUCUGUGUAAGGAUGUUAUGUGCCAUUAUUUGAUUUGGUCAGGUAGCCAGCUGUUCUCAAGUCACUGAUCUGGGGUGGUUUUGGUUAAUGGUGAGCUAUAGUUAAUCUGUGGCCUUACCAUGGUGUUGCCUGGGAGGAUGUUGUUGUGGAAAUGCUAAUCCUGCAGUUGCCAAGAGUUCAGGGAAUCCCCAAAACCCCCUGACAAAUUGAACUUAUGGCAAGAGGAUUCCCCCAUAGUUCUGUAUUUCCUCAGUUCCUUUAUUUGGGAAGACUACUUGUAAACAAAUUCACCCACCUAACCUUCACCUUUAAAGGCCACCUCCCUGUAUGCACCCACAAAGCAGCUGGAUUAUUCUCAAGCAGCAGCUUCCUGCAACCAUUUGGGAGUCCAGUCUAUGCACGAUAGAGGAAAAGAGGAUGACGCAGGCCAAGCAGCCUGUCUCUGCAGCAGCCACUGCACCCCGUGUUAUUUUGUCCGGAUGUAAACACCCAAGCUCCAGUUCAACAUCUGCAGCUUUUUGAAAGGUGAAAAUUUUUUUCCCCUCCCCCUUUCUCCCCUUCAAAGAAAAGUUGUGGAAAGUUAAAUUGCAGACAGCACAUGGUGGUAUGUUUAUGAAAUGACAUUUAUAGAUAUGCUUUUAUCAGACUUAACUUCCCUGGGGAUCUAGUUCAUUUUUUUACUGUUUAAAGAAAUUUUCAUUCCUAAAGUAGUUCAUAGGUGCAUCAUCUGAAUUAAAGCAAGAAUUGUAGGCUUCAACAGAAUUGUGUGAGAGACCUGUCUUACCUAGAACUGGCACCCCCCCCCCCCCCCCCCCCCCCAAACUGACAUUUUUCUUUUGGUUUUUCUCCUGUCGUUGAACGGUUUUGUCCUAAACUCAAAUGACCACGGUGAGAAAGGAGUACUAAAGUGGAUCCAAAGAGUGUAGACUAAUUUUUCCACUUCUCUUCCCAGGCACCCCCACCCCCCAAACCCCACUCUUGUACAGAGUGGUGAAGUCCAUGUAACUUGCACAUCUUUGCUCUGCUUACAUUUCAGUCCUGUUUGACCGAAAGUUUGACAUUUAAAAUAAUGCGUAAGCCAAUAUCAUUUUAAUUAGCCUUUUCAUGAAGAUGCAAUUAUAUAAUAAAGAAUUUCACUGCUCAACCAA